AUGAGCAUGGAGAAAAGCAGAUCAUAUCCUCAGUACUCUUCCUCUUGCUCAACUGAAUUCGGGUUCGGGUUUCAAGACCGAGCAAAUUCGUACAUUUUUAAUGGCCCGACCACGAAAGAUGAAGCUUUCGCAGCAUCAACUGAUCCAGAAAUGAAGAGGAAGAAGAGGAUUGCUGCAUAUAACAUGUUUACAACAGAAGCACUAAGAUGGGAUUCAGUAGCAGGGGAAGGUAAAUGGGGCGGGCUCGAUUCUUUCUCUGAUGGCUUGACACUUGAGCCCUUCUUAAUUUCAUUUCAAAUUUUCCAUAAAAAAAUCUUCAACAACUUUCAAUCUCUAUCUCAAAGUGAAAUUUGUUUUGAUUUUUUAUGGCGGUGA